AUGGGCAGCAUCAGCAAGGAGCACAAUGUAGGCAGUGACAGCCACCAGCUGCUUGACCAGCAUCUUUGCUCUAUAGACCCCAGCAAUAUGGACUUACGGACACUGAAAAGGGACUACCACCACAGGAUUUUUGUCAAUCGGAGCCUUAGCUUGGAGAAGAUAAAAUGUUUUGGUUUCGAUAUGGAUUAUACAUUGGCAAUGUAUCGCUCCCCUGACUAUGAAGAACUCUGCUUUGAGCUCCUGGUGGAGAGACUAGUCUGCAUUGGAUAUCCCCAUGAACUCCUCACAUAUAAGUAUGAUCCAACCUUCCCCACCAGGGGCCUGGUAUUUGACAGCCUGUAUGGAAACCUAUUGAAAGUGGACUCUAAUGGGAACGUACUUGUCUGUGUCCAUGGCUUCCGUUUUUUGAAAGGAGCAGAGGUUUGGAGUAAAUACCCCAACAAAUUCAUCCAAAGAGAUGACACCAAGAGGUUCCAUGUUCUAAAUACUCUCUUUUAAUCUUGCAGAGACCUAUUUGUAUGCUUGUCUGGUGGACUACUUCACUGACUGCUCCCGAUACGUAAACUAUGACACUGGUUACAGACACGGCAAUCUGUUCAUGUCCUUUAAAAGCAUGUUCCAGGACGUUCGAGAUACAAUGGACUAUGUGCAUGAAUCGGGAUGCCUGAAGGAGAAAACACUAAAGAAUCUAGAUAAAUACCUACUCAAAGAUGACAGAAUACCUUUGCUGCUGAGUCGGAUGAGAGAGGUGGGAAAGAUUUUUCUAGCCACAAACAGUGAUUACAAAUAUACAGAUGCUAUUAUGUCCUAUCUGUUUGGCCAUGACAAAGAAGAUAAGUACAAAGACCCAACCGGGAAAAGAUGGCGCUCAUAUUUUGAUUUGAUUGUUGUGGACACGAGAAAGCCACUCUUCUUUGCUGAGGGGACAGUUCUGCGUCAAGUCAACACAGAUAAUGGAAAGUUGAAGAUUGGAACUUACACAGGUCCUCACCAGCACUGUGCAGUGUACUCUGGAGGUUCUUCAGACAUUGUGGGUGACCUCCUUGGAGUGAAGGGGAAGGAAAUCCUCUAUGUGGGAGAUCACAUAUUUGGGGACAUUUUGAAGUCAAAGAAAAGGCAGGGAUGGAGGACGUUUCUAGUUGUGCCUGAGCUGGCCAAAGAGCUUAGUAUCUGGACUGAGAAAAGUGAGCUGUUCAAUGAGCUGAAGAGUCUGGAUAUCUUUCUCGCAGAAUUAUACCAGGACAUGGAUAGUAGUAGUAGUGAGCACCCCAAUAUCAGCAAAAUUCAGAAACAGAUUCAGAGAGUUACUCAUGAAAUGGACAUGUGUUAUGGGAAGACAGGCAGCUUGUUUCGCAGCGGGUCCCGGCAGACGCUCUUCUCCAGCCAGCUAAUGCGUUAUGCUGAUUUGUAUGCAGCUACCUUCUUGAACCUCCUCUACUAUCCUUUCAGCUACUUGUUCCGUGCGCUGCCUGUACUGAUGCCACACGAAUCUACAGUAGACCAUGUAAGUGUGGACGGUGCAGAUACCAGCAACGCACUUGGGCAGCAGCUGAAAAACAUCAAAAGGGAAUAUGUUCAAGAGGAUUGGGUCAAGCUGGUGAACACUGCCAGGUUAAGCCUUGAGGACUCCCCUGCAAUAAGGAAAGAACCAGAGAAAAAGCCACCAGUCGUCAUGCUCUACUAA